GAGGAGGAGAAGCGGCGGCCGCGAGCAUGGCGGCGGCGCGAGCUCUGUGGCGGCCCGGCCUGCCCGUCCCGCUGGGCUGCCGCCGGCUCUGGGCACAGCCGCGGCGCGCGGCCGCCGCAGCCCCUCAUGGUGGCGCCUCGCCGGGCGCGCGGAGCCCCUUCGACCGGCGGCUGAAGCGGAAGCAGAAGAACUGGGCGGCGCUGCGGCCGCGGCCGGCGGAGUGCGAGUACCUGCGGGACGAGGUCGGCGGCGGCGUGGCGGACCGGGUGCUCGACAUCCCCAGGACGUUCCCUCUCGCUUUGGACCUCGGCUCCGGAAGAGGUUACAUCGCCCGGCACCUGAACCAGGAAGUCAUUGAAAAACUUGUUCAGGUCGAUAUCGCCGAGAACGUUUUCAAAAGCACUGCAGAGUCUGAAAUCCCUACAGUCAACGUGGUGGCUGAUGAGGAAUUCCUGCCUUUCAAAGAAGACACGUUUGAUCUUGUUGUGAGCAGCUUGAGUUUACACUGGGUGAAUGACCUUCCUAAAGCUUUCAGAGAGAUUCACCAAGUUCUUAAGCCAGAUGGAGUCUUUAUUGGCGCAAUGUUUGGGGGAGACACUCUGUAUGAGCUUCGCUGCUCUUUGCAGCUAGCAGAAUUGGAGAGAGAAGGGGGAUUUUCUCCUCACGUGUCACCGUUUGUUGCUGUGUCGGAUUUGGGACAUCUCCUAGCAAGAGCUGGGUUUAACACCCUGACUGUGGACACUGAUGAAAUUCAAGUAAACUAUCCAGGGUUGUUUGAGGUUAUGGAAGACCUGCAAGGUAUGGGAGAAAGUAAUUGCUCUUGGAAUAGAAAGCCUUUGCUACACAGGGAUACAAUGUUGGCAGCUGCAGCAAUAUACCAAGAGAUGUAUGGAAACAGCGAUGGCUCAGUACCUGCCACUUUUCAGAUCUUCUACAUGAUUGGAUGGAAAUUCCAUGAGUCACAGGCAAAACCUGCACAGAGAGGUUCUGCGACAGUUUCAUUUGGAGAUCUGGCAAAAAUAGAUAAACUUCUUCAUCAGAAAUAAAGGCUGUUUUCGAGCUCCUAUAAAACCUGUCAGUGCAGGUAGUCUCCACUGACUUUGUUACAUUUUGGAGUUAUAGUCUGCACACAGCAGGGAAUUUUAAUGCCUUUGCUACCUCAGUUGUGUAAGAUGGUGUUCAUUUUUUCCCCCAGAUAAGUAUUUGAGCAGUAUGCUAUGGGAGUACAUACUCUCCCAAUUUGAUUAAGUUACUGUUCUCAAAUUUAACUCCUUUUCCAGUAUAUCAGUAGCACAGUCCGCUCCAAGUAUGAUUGGCAAGUCGUGAGUGUAUAUCGCUCUGUAUCAUCUUCAAAUUAUUCCUAGAGGAUGGUAGAUCAUAAUAAAUAGAUUUGUCACUAAAUACCAUUCUUCAUAUGAGAGCAUCAGCAAACACACAGAUCUAACUUGAUAUGUUUUUUGUUAGCUGGAAACAAUGGGUGAAAAGAGACUGUCAGCUUUGGUUUGAAUGUUUAACUUGUGUAAAAGGAAGUGACUAAGUUCUGUACUGUAAAAGUAAUCUCGAGUUGCUACUUUUCACCUGCAGCACACAAAUUCAGUUACUUCUCCCUCCACUUGUAAAGACAGAAAUAAUUAUUUCUGUACGUAAGUAGGAGAGGGUAUCCACAGAGAAGACUUAUACUUCAUUCCAGCUUUAACAGAAUCUAUUACAAUUUGACUAAGUUUGCCGAAAUGAGUAGCAAGCAGAGAAGCCAGCUAGCACACAGAUGGGCUUGUACACUUCACCUUAAUUACAGUCAGAGAAUCAUGAACAUUGGAAAAGACCAUUAAGACCAUUUGGUCCAACCAUCAAUCCAUCACCACCUUAGCUUACAGUGGGCAUUCUCUGGAGUUGCAUUCUUUCAGAGUUGUGAGGUAUUUUAUGCCUACUUUUAGAGGCUGAAAGUCAUGGAGUAUAAUUUUUUUCCUCCUUGCCUGUUGCACAGGGGCAACUUUUCGUGUAUAUAACUGUAUUACCAGGAAUUACGAAUAUGGCCCAUUAACCUGACGCGUUAACAAAGAAAGUUUACCAAAUGAUUUCAUUUGAUUGUAGUACUGAUGGAGAUUGGUGGGAAGGAACAGCGUGGAAACUGCGUAUAACACAAUUUUAUUGCUGUGUCUAGGUGUUGUAUUGACACUAAUGUAAAAUAAAGCUGCUCUUGGCCUGCUGUAUGGAGAUCAUCCAGCAGGUGGAGAUGGA